AGCCACACAUAAAAUAGUAUUUGCUCGGUAGCUUUUUUUUUUCAUUUACACGUCCAGGAUAACGGAACGAUGGCGGAUGCCACGGAGGAUGUCGAGCUGGACUUUGCAGCUGACGAGCAGGAGAGGGCGCGGAGAAGCGCAGUCAUAAGACACCCCAUGGCCUCCUUUUUCCACCUGUUCUUCCGAGUGGUUGCCAUCGUUGUCUAUUUGCUGUGUGAGUGGAUCAGCAAGAACUUUGCAUCAUGUUUUGUCCUGAUCAUAGCUCUGCUGUCCUUUGACUUUUGGUCUGUGAAGAAUGUGACUGGCCGCCUGUUGGUGGGGUUGCGCUGGUGGAAUCACAUAGACGAGGAUGGAAAGAGCCUCUGGGUAUUUGAGGCCAAAAAAAAAUCCCGGGAUAGUAACACCGGGACAGAAACAGAGGAACGGAUAUUCUGGCUGGGCCUAAUAAUCUGUCCUAUCAUCUGGACGUUCUUCUUCUUCACCUCCCUCUUCUCCCUGAAGCUUAAAUGGCUGUCAGUGGUGGUGGCUAGUAUUUCCCUCCAAGCAGCUAACCUUUAUGGGUACCUACGCUGCAAGGCAGGCGGACAGGAUGGCCAGCCUCCAGGCAACUGCUCUUUCACAGGACAGCAGCUCACCCAGCGUCCAGAUAUCAUCUUUGGAAUACUAUAAUGGUCACCCUCCUGCACCUGUAAGCUGCCUUAUCCCCAGUAUUUCCACAAACCGCGGAUGCCCAAAUGGCUUUGUGCCCUGUGUUUAGCUCUG